GUUGUAUGUUUUUUGACCACUUUUUUUCAAUCCCCCGAUUAAUCUUGUUAUUUAUUGACGUGGACCAACUUUGAAGCUAUUGUCUAAAAUUCGAUUGAUUUUAUUACUCUUUAACUGAUGACAGGCAAGAAAUGGUUCCGAUGAGCAAAACAGCCACGUGACCAGUAUACACCCAUUUUGGCUGUCGAUUGGGCCCAAGCUAAAGCCAACGGAACUGCCAGUUGCAGGUGGCAUGAUGUUCUGCCUUGGCAUGAUUCAUGGCUCUGGUGCAAUAUUCUGAUUCCGAAUCGGACUCAGGGCAAGAAGGUCCUCCCAGAAAAAUAAAUAAACAAAGAGAGGACACAUCAGCCCGUAAACCGGCUUCAUCGCUUCCGCCACUGCCUGCGUCUUUCCACGACUUAUAUGCUUCUAGCACGAGAGUCAGUGUGAGGGACGAUCCGAGCCUUCAUGGUGGUCGCAAGAGAGCAAUUCCCCAUGUCGAGGGGAACUGGCCAACUCAUAUAUACCUUGAAUGGUACCCGUCGAAAGAUGAGCUCAGGAUCCUGAGCAACAUCAUUAAACAAGCUGGAGGUAUGCUUCAAGGAGAGCGGGCAGAGAUCCAUAGCUUCUUGCAUAGUGACCUGGGAGCACAACUUCCCCUGCAUAUCAGCCUUUCGCGGCCGGUUGUUCUUCGAACCGAACAGAGACGGCCAUUUAUGGAGAUGUUCGAAUCUGCGUUUGAGAAGUCUGGUUUAUCGCCUUUCAAUGUCCAGGUCGACAGUCUGGACUGGGUUUCCAAUUUCGAGAAGACACGAUGGUUUUACGUGCUGCGAGCAAAACGACCUGAUAAGGACUACCUGAACCAUCUCUUACAUAUCUCAAAUCGUACACUUGCGCUUUUUGGCCAACCGCCACUUUACGAACCUGCGUCAGAUCUUUCAAAAUAUAGCGGAGCGCAACAAGACAGCAAAUCUAAUUUAGCUGCCGACUAUACUGGGUGUUUCCAUAUCUCCAUUGCGUGGAGUCUGACGGAGCCAUCUACCGAUGAAAGGGAACGCAUGAAGAACAUAGACUUUCAGGAGCUCAUUGCUCUUAAUAUCAAUUUUGAUUGCGUGAAGGCUAAGAUAGGCAACAAUGUCUCAAGUAUACCACUUUAAUGAGAGUGCUUCACAGGCGAGAAAUGUUAUAUGGGGUAAAUAUCCAACAAAACAUUAUAUAUCUGCCUCAUUUGUGUUUCAGAAACGAGAACGAGCACCUGAACUGCAAUGGACUUGAUGCGGGCAGCUGGGCAUGUAGAGGCCUGCAAACUUUUGCUCUUUGCUUCCCUCAGCACACGAAACACCAAGUUACUGUAGGAUAAUUUUAUAUAUACUAUGAGUUCACAACUAGAUUGUAGCUCACACACUUAGUAUCAUUAUCUUAAUGGAC